AUGGCAAGUUGCAGCGUGGACAAGCCCGAGUUGAUUGUAGGAGGUGACUACAAACUGAUAAAGAAGAUCGGGGGUGGCUCCUUUGGGGAGAUUUAUCUGGCAGUCAGCCUCACCAACGGCAGGCAGUUGGCUGUGAAGCUGGAAUCGCAGAACGUCACGUACCCCCAGUUGCCUGCGGAAAACAGGCUGUAUGAGAUCCUUCGGGGUGGGGUUGGCGUCCCCACCGUGCAGUGGUAUGGCCAGGAGAAAGAGUAUAACGCGCUGGUCAUGGAACUUCUGGGACCUAACCUGGAGGAUCUCUUCAGUUUUUGUUCCAAGAAGUUCUCAAUGAAAACCAUACUUAUGUUAGCCGACGAGAUGAUCAGUAGAAUCGAAUACCUGCAUGCAAAGAACUUUAUCCACAGAGACAUUAAGCCGGAAAAUUUCCUCAUGGGUACUGGCUGUUACUGUCCGAAGUGUUUGGAGAUGCCCAUCGGGACAGGUAAUAGAACCAUGACGACCCAGGAUCCAACCCAAGAUCAAUUAUACUUGAUCGAUUUCGGCUUAGUCAAACAGUACAGGGACGACAUCACCAAGGAACACAUACCCUACAAAGCUAAUAAAAGCUUCACUGGCACUGCCCGUUACGCCAGCAUUAACGCACAACGUGGCAUUGAGCAGAGUCGCCGCGAUGACCUGGAGGCGAUAGGCUAUAUUUUGGUGUAUUUUAAUAGGGGUAGCCUGCCGUGGCAGGGAAUCAAGGCUAGGACGAAGCAGCAGAGUUUUGAAAAGAUACGUGAGAUGAAGAUAGCCACACCUAUUGAAGUGCUGUGUCAGGGAGUUCCUGAAGAGUUUGCCAUUUACCUAAACUACUGCCGUGAGCUGGGGUUCGACGAAACCCCUGAUUACUGGUAUCUGAGGCAGCUCUUCCGCAACCUUUUCAAGUCCCUGAACCUCGAGUUUGAUCACACGUUUGAUUGGACUCUGAUAAGGGCGAAAGAGUUGCAGAUAAAGUCUGCUGGCAAUGACAGAAAACCUGCAGAAAGGGAAACUACUAAAAGCAAGUGUAACACGAAAGGUGUCUAA